UUGCGCUUGUUGUUAGUGCGUCAUCAGUCUGCGUGUGACCGAAGAAUAGAGCAAAUACGACGCACAAUCAGCUCAAUUAUCAAAGAAUUAAGGUUUUUAUCAAAGCAGCAGUAUGUGUGAAGGGCCCUCAGCGAUCUCUGGUCCCAUUCCUCCAGACCCCACACUGUUUCCUGAAUAUUACAAACGCCCGUCCUCUGCUCGUGGUCGGCUGGAGGGAAACACUCUGAGCGGCUCGUCUCCUCUUCUGAAGGGUCCCUUAGCACCAGAUCCUGGGUUUUACAGUUCCCGCUGCACCCCUCGCCCCCGAAUCGGUGCAAACGCCACUCACAUCCUCGAGAGAGGACAGAGAGGGGUCGUGGGAGACCUGCUGAAGCUGGAAGGAGUGGCGCUGAACCCCAGUCCAGCCAAACCUAAACCUGCCAUACGGGACUUUGGUAAAGAAAAUGUUCGCAAGCUACGUGAAAUCCAAAAGCGUUUUCGAGAGCUGGAAGCGCAGAGAGAACAUACCAAACCUGUGCCGGUUAAAGCACUCUGGAUCUCUCCAAAAUACCAGGAUGUCUCCUCCAGGGUAAUGGCCCAGUUACAGGAGACGAGUCCUCCUAAGAAACCCGAAUGUCAGAACUUCCUGAAGGCUCACUCUGUGUGUGGCACUGGAGGUCGAGCGCUCGGACCGUCACAAGCUCCAUUAGACUCGGAUUCUGAGAUGCAUGUGAGAGGACACACGGUGGACUUUGUGAGUCAUAACGCUCGAGCCGCGGGGAAGACAAACCUGAGGAGAUCUCAGUCCUUAGAGAACUUCAGAGACAAACCACCACCGAGCGCCAUGAAAGGGAAAGUGCCGCAAUAUCUGGAGCAGAGGAAGGUGCAGUGGAAAAAGGAGGAGGAUGAGAGGAGAAGAAACACUCCUGAUCCGUCCAUUCCUGCUGGACACACUCAGAUGUCUGAAAGAGAGAGACAGGAGACCCUGAGGUCCCUCAAAGAAACUCACAGGUCUCUGGUCAGCGAGCUGCUGUCUCUCCCCAUUAAAGCCGACACACUGAGCAUCCGCUCUCGACGCGCUCAACUCGACCAGCGUCUCUCGGAGGUCGAGGAGGCCAUCAAAAUCUUCUCACGGGAUAAAGUCUAUGUGAAAGUCGACUCUUAAACACCACAUCCAUAUCAGGCUUUUUCUUCUGUAUUUCUGUAUUUAUUAGUAGCAGCAGAUGCUUUUUAAUUUCCGGAGAUCAUUGCAUUUGAACGCUCGACACUAUAAAGAGAUUUGUGACUAAAUAUGACUCUUAUAAGUGGCAGAGAUUAUUGAUUUUUCCUUUUUUGCUGAUUCUGUAGUCAUGCUUCGGUUAGAUAAUUAUGAAAUUAAACAGACAUAAGCAUGAGAAUAAGAAAUAAAAUUCAGUAAGUGGACAUUUUUAUUACAAUUUUGACUUUUUGGUCACAAUUUCAGCUUCUCAUGAUUAUGUUUUUUAAUCUCAUAAUUCACCAUAAUUGAUCUCACAAAUAUGAUUUAGCAUGUCACACUUUUGACUUUAUCUCAUUAUUAUUUCAUAAUUAUGAUUUACCAAAGUAUGUUUUCUCUUAUGUAGCAGAAAUGGGUUUCUAUAGUAUUUGGUGGAUUUGUUUAAACGUUCAAAAUUGUCUGUAAUUUAGGGAAUUUGUACUUCUAGAUUUGCUAGAAAGUAUUUCUGCUGCCAUGUACAGUAACAAUUGUCUACAAUCCCAAGGAGCUGCUGACCUUCAGAUGCAUCAUAAUGCUGUCAUUUAACAUGCUAUUAGCAAAUUUUUAUGUUUAAUUGUUUUGAUGUGUCCUUGAAAUGAAUUUUAGUGUUGCAGUACUUAAAAGUGGUGCUCGUUUUAAAUGUCAGAUUACACAAGCAGUUCAGCUUUGAUCAGCUCUUCACACAAUCACAAAUAUCUGCACCAAAGCUCAUAGCAACUAUUUUUGUGCAUCAGUAAAAUAAAAAUCCACAGUGUUUGUCUUAUCAUG